CUGCAUAUAUUACCUUGUCUUGUCUCAGUUACAUUAAUUUGGCUUAUGAUCUGCGUUUUUCGCGUUAUAAACAAAUUCUACACAUUUACACUAUAAUUUUUGGAAUAAUGUCUUCUAAUAAAAGAAAAAGCUCAAAAUAUAUUGUUGAUAGCGACGAAGAAGCUGGUUUUGAGGAGGAGGAGCAACAAGUUGACGAUGAUGAGGAGGAAGAAGAAUUUGAAGAAGUUGAUGAGCCCAAAGCGAGUAAAAAAGGCUCUUCUCGAAGCUCAAAAAAAAUUAAAAAAGAUGAUUCCGAUAGUGAUCGAAGUGAUCGAGGGGAAAAUAGUGCCGGAGAGACAUAUUUCAAAUUGUCUAAUAAAAAAAGAGUGACCAUUCGCGAAUGGAAAAAUAUGGUUUUAAUUGACUUUCGUGAAUUCUUCGAGACUAAAGACGGGAAAACACAACCAACAAAGAAAGGCAUUUCUUUACAACUGGAACAGUGGAAUAAACUGAAAGAGUUAGUUUCUGACAUCGAUAACGAGAUUAGAAAACUAAAAUAGUCCUUGUUUCUUUUUUGUCAUUAUAUUGAUUUCUUUAUCUGAUUAUAACUUUGAUUUUCUUUAAGAUAAAUUUAGUUUAAAAAAUAAUCAAUUCUUUCGUAUAAUGAAACUUGUAAAAUAUUCAUCUUUUAUACUUUUUAUACUCAAGAUUAGUUUCUUUUUUGAAAUAUCGUUG